CCUAGAGAAAAGCCACAAUAGCACAGGAAUAACAUCCAAACUCCAAACUGGCUGGAAGAGCUGAAAUUCAAACUGAUUCAAACUCAUAAUUUGGGUGGCUGAUGUGAAAACCACAAUUUCGCCAUGUCGCGUAUGUACUUUGUCAAAUUUUUGUUUUGUAGUUUUAGCGUGGUUUUUGCUAAAUAACAAACCGAUCAACACGUUAUUAAUCUUCUACAUAAUUUGAGCAUUGCAUUUUAGUUGUCUUCAUUUUUAAUCGGCCUGUUGCGCGUUUUCUAUUGUGCUCCUACAACUAGUAAUAGGUGGCUGUCCUUAAAAUUAAGUUUCAGUUGUGUGGUUUUAAUAUAAACAACUACUGUGUGAUAAAUAAGUACUAUAAUAUGACAGUGGCGUUAGGGAGAAUACGUAGAAUUUAAAAGCGCACCAAACGUAAACUGGUUUCGUUUUCUCAAAAUAAAAACUGCCACUGAGUGUUGACAGUACGUUUCCGGGAAAAGGUGUGACGUCACUUUACGCACGCGCAUUUGGUGAGCGGAAAAGGUCGAAUAGUACCAGAAUGACCGUUCAGUCACUCAGCAGUCUGCUGGCUUUACUUUUUGCGAGCUUACCUUCAAAUGCCAACAUUUCGAUUUUUAAGAAAGGCCGCCGCUCGGAGCUCGCUUGACUUUGUAUCUCACGUGGAAUUUCAACACAGUAAUAAUGCAGAGAGGAAUGUGUUUGAAAAGUGCCUGGAAGCUGUUUAAAUCAAGCAGCGAAAGAGCAGCAAGAAAUUACAGCCAUCCUUCUUCUCGGGGCUCAAUUGGUCUGCUGUUUGACAUCGACGGGGUGCUGGUGCGCGGUCGAACACCCAUUCCUGCGGCCAAGCAGUGUUUCAGGAACCUCGUGGACCACCAGGGGAAAUACAAAGUACCUGUGGUGUUUGUCACCAAUGCCGGAAACUGCAUGCGGCAGACCAAAGCGGAGCAUCUUUCACAUCUGCUUGAAGUCGAGGUGUCACCAGACCAGGUGAUGUUGUCACACAGUCCUUUACGAAUGUUCUCACAGUUUCAUCAAAUGUGCGUGCUGGUGUCAGGUCAAGGUCCUGUUGAAGAGGUGGCUCACAUGUUGGGCUUCCAGAAAGUUGUCACCAUAGACAAUCUCAGGGAGGGCUAUCCUCUACUUGAUAUAGUGGAUCACAACAGAAGACCAAAGGACCAUAUCCCCCCAACUAAAGGUUUACAGCCAAUAGAUGCUGUCAUCUUAUUUGGUGAGCCAAUUAGAUGGGAGACCAACCUCCAGCUCAUUGUUGAUGUUCUUCUAACAAACGGAAAGCCAGACAGGAAUUGGAAUUCCGUGGCAUAUCCUCAGAUUCCAUUGCUGGCCUGUAACAUGGACCUGCUGUGGAUGGCCGAGGCAAAGAAUCCCAGGUUUGGUCAUGGUAUGUUCCUGCUGUGUUUGGAGAGCCUGUACAAGAAGGUGACAGGUCAUGACCUCAAAUAUGAGGCUCUGAUUGGUAAACCCAGUGUGGUGACUUAUAAUUAUGCCGAGCUGCUGGUCAGGCAGCAGGCUGAGAGGCUUGGAUGGGCCACACCUGUGAAGAGACUGUACGCUAUCGGCGACAACCCCAUGGCUGACAUUUACGGCGCCAAUCUCUACAACCGCUACCUCCAGGCUGCUCAUAAUUCUUUCGAGGCCUCUAAAAUGACCUCCACCGAAUUGGGCGGCGCGCCCGGUGUGUUUGGGGCAAGUGACGAUCUGCCUGAAGCGUGUCACUCCAUCCUGGUAUGUACAGGCGUGUACAGCAAAGAGGAGGCGCUGCCGUCGGACCCGUCGCACGCAGUAACCGAGCAGCGCGUCUUCCAUGGCCAUCGGGACUUUCGCUUUGACCCCAGCCUUACGCAGCCAUCCUACGUGGUGCAGGAUGUCAAAGACGCUGUAGAGUUGGUGUUUCAGCAGGAAGGAUGGCCCUUGGAUUAGUUGGCCCUUUACGGACUUUUAAAAGCUCGAAACAUAAAUGUAUAUUUUUAAAAACAAAACAACAAUAUCCUCUUUCUUUAUAUUUUGAUGCAAAGUUGGCCAUAUCAGAGUUACUACUACUGUAGUGUUGGAAGCCAUUCAUUUUCUAUUGCACAUUUUGUUCAGAUCCUUAUUUGAUCGCAGUCCCAAUCUCAAUCCAUACCAAAACAACACAAGCUGAUUCUUUACAGACAAAACUCAUCUGCUCUGUGCUGGAUCUCUGAAAUUAGAUGCAUAACACGAGUGUGGUCACUUACCUGUUUACAUCAGUAUUAUCAUCACAGACUUAUAUGCACAGUCUUGCUGCAUUCAGACACUAAUCUGAAAAAUAUAUUUUAUCUACACAAAUGUCUACCUAACCUCUUUUACAGGUCACAUUGUUCUGACAAAAAAAUUGUAUGUGCACCCUCCCAAGUUUUGUCAUUCUUGCAUGAUUCUGUGGCCAGUUACACGUACAAGCUCGACAGUCAUUUUGAGUUCACUCAACUUUUGGAUGAUAUCGUGCAUAACAUUGUGUCUUUUUAUUAAAACUUUGAAAGGACGUUUCUGGUUGUUGAUUUGAUUGUGAAUGUAAGUGGUUUUGCUGGUGCGCUGUUAGAAGCUGUACUGACUGGAAUGAAAAAUACAUUUAACUCAUUGGUCAAAAGACCAAUGUAGUUCAUACUCAGUGGGCUACAUGCGUGCCUUCAUUCCCUCAGCGACCACUAUCAGCGAGUAUGGUUGUUGAUUGACAAAACAUUCCACGGAGGUCAGCAUGCAAAAAAUAGACUGGUUCAAAUUCUGCUUUACACACACCUGCCCUUUCUUACACCUCUCUCAGGUAACAAAGUUUCUAAUUGUUCCGACUCUUAUAUGUAGUUGGGGUUAUCCAAAUUC